GCGGAGGAAGAGGGAGCGGGAGCCCCCGGAGGCCGGGCGCCGCCAUGGAACUGGGCCCGGAGCCCCCGCACCGCCGCCGCCUGCUCUUCGCCUGCAGUCCCCCUCCUACGUCGCAGCCAGUAGUGAAAGCGCUGUUCGGCGCGCCAGCCUCCGGGGGCCUGUCGCCUGUCACCAACCUGACGGUCACCAUGGACCAGCUGCAGGGGCUAGGCAGUGAGUAUGAACAGCCGCUGGAGGUGAGAAACAGCAGUCUGCAGAGAAUGGGCUCCUCUGAGUCAACGGAUUCAGGCUUCUGUCUGGAUUCUCCUGGGCCCUUGGACAGUAAAGAAAACCUUGAAAAUCCCAUGAGGAGAAUAAAUUCCCUACCUCAGAAGCUUUUAGGGUGUAGCCCAGCCCUGAAGAGGAGCCAUUCUGAUUCUCUGGACCAUGAUGUCUUUCAGCUGAUGGACCAGGAUGAGAACAAGGAAAACGAAGCCUUCGAGUUUAAGAAGCCAAUAAGACCGGCAUCUCGUGGCUGCCUGCACUCUCAUGGACACGAGGAGGGUAAAGAUAUCUUCACACAGAGGCAGAACUCCGCCCCAGCUUGCAUGCUUUCUUCGAAUGAAAGAGACAGCAGCGAGCCAGGGAGUUUCAUUCCUCUUUUUAUGCCUCAGUCCCCUGUGACUACCACUUUGUCUGAUGAGGAUGAUGGCUUCAUGGACCUUCUUGAUGGAGAAAACCUGAAGAAUGAUGAGGAGACCCCAUCAUGCAUGGCAAGCCUCUGGACUGCUCCCCUUGUCAUGAGAAGGACCACAAACCUUGGCAAUCGAUGCAAGCUGUUUGACUCUUCUUCCACAUGUAGCUCCAUCACCUGGUCGGUGUUAAAAAGACCAGAACGCUCUCAAGAGGAGUGCCCGCCUGGAAAUACAAAGCGAUCUCAAGAGGAGUACCCGACUGGAAAUACAAAGCGGAGAAAGAGCAUGGCCUUGGCCGGUCCCGAAGAGGCAGCUAGUCCAGAGAAGCCCCAAGAGAUUCUACAUCAAUCUUUAACCCUGGCAUCUUCCCCAAAGGGGACCAUUGAGAACAUUUUGGAUAAUGACCCAAGGGACCUUAUAGGAGACUUCUCCAAGGGUUAUCUCUUUCAUACAGUUGCUGGGAAGCAUCAGGAUUUAAAAUACAUCUCUCCAGAAAUUAUGGCAUCUGUUUUGAAUGGCAAGUUUGCCAGCCUCAUUAAAGAAUUUGUUAUCAUUGACUGCCGGUAUCCGUAUGAGUAUGAGGGAGGCCACAUCAAGGGUGCGGUGAACUUGCACAUGGAAGAGGAGGUAGAAGACUUCUUGCUCAAGAAGCCCAUCGUUCCUACCGACGGCAAGCGUGUCAUUGUCGUGUUCCACUGCGAGUUCUCUUCUGAGCGAGGCCCUCGCAUGUGCCGGUACGUGAGGGAGAGAGAUCGGCUUGGAAACGAGUACCCCAAACUCCACUACCCUGAGCUGUAUGUGCUGAAGGGCGGGUACAAAGAGUUCUUCCUGAAGUGCCAGUCUCACUGCGAGCCCCCCAGCUACCGGCCCAUGCACCAUGAGGACUUCAAAGAAGACCUGAAGAAGUUCCGCACCAAGAGCCGGACCUGGGCCGGGGAGAAGAGCAAAAGGGAGAUGUACAGCCGCCUGAAGAAGCUGUGAGGGCGGCAGGGCCAGCCCGCGGCAGCCGGAGCCUCCCUCCGCGUCACCUCUUCCCUCUUCGCUGCAGAGAAGCUUGAGCAAAGGGGCCAGCGGCGUGGAGAAAGGGCCUGGGCCUCGCUCGCCUAGCCCGCUGCCGCGCUCCCAGGGCUCCUGCUGGCGACGCCUCUUCUGUCGCUGACUGUCUGCCAAGGCUGUCACUCGCCACAGCGCAGUUCGGAGCACCGAGCCAGGAAGUUCUGACGCCUCACCCCCGCUGCUGGGACCUGGGGCCUUACUGGGCACUGUCCUCCCGUGAGGGGAGGGGGCAGGAGAGGGAGAAGGAAUGCAAGCGGAAAUGCUGGCCAAAUACCAAAGACAGCCUGGGAAGGGGAUGGUCUCUGUGGGAUAACCCGAAUCUUUAAUUUAUUCAGCUUCAUCAAUCACUUUAAUUUUUUUUUUUUUUUAACUCCUGGAGACUUUUAUUUAACUGCUUCUUUAAGUCACAAUACUGCCAUUCUAGGUAGGGUUUUAUCAUCCCACGGACUACCUCUGCUUUAAAAAAAAAAAAAAGGAUGGGUGAGAAGAGGCAAACUUGUGUUGAGGGACAGAAGUAGGAGCUCUGUCACCCCCAGGAGGCACUGUGGUACUGGGGCUGCUGCUAUUUAAAGUCAAGGCCUGAAGCGCUGGUGGGAGCGGGCACUGACUCAGACUUGGCUACAGGACAUAAGCUAAACUUCCCAGACCUACCUCGAAGGCCACUAAGAUCUCUGGGUGGGGGCCGGGGGAACCCUGUUCUUCCUCACCCCAGUUCCCUGUGACGUUGGCUGGGAGUCACAGGAAAGCACUUCAGGCAGCUUCCAUGGGGCCACCCCCAGGCCAGUGUUGGAAUGCGGUAGUGUAGGUGUCCUAGACUAGGGGGGUGGGGGGCUCUGGGAUGGGGGAAGGGAGCGCACGCCGAGUGUCUUCUGUUACUCUGAUACCCUUGAAUAGCUUUUAAUUUUCUAAAAAUAGUCAUUUUAUGAGUCAAGGAGUAUCAAAUCAGUGUUGGCUGGGCCACCCAGGAUGAAGCGGUGGGCUGGGAGCCCUGGGCAUCAGGAGAGGACGUGGGCACCGGCAUACAGAUGACCGUGUAGAAUGUGUUCCUCAGGAGGCGGCGUGGUGGAGUUUGAAGGUAAAACUUUGGGUUUAUCAUGUUUGAAUUUGAGGGCAGGGAGCGAUGGCUCAUCACUAAUUGCCCUCUCAUCUAACCCCACGGAAAUGGGGGUCUCAAAGGAACACCUCCUAUCCAAGGAGCUGGGGCUGCGUUGGUUGACUCUGGACAGGCCUGUUUGGUUCCUGCUUAUCCCCACCCACAGGCCCCGGCCUCCUCACCGGCUCUGCUCUGCCGGGGCGGAUCCAGGGUUUUCAUACACAAGUGCCGGCCUCCCCCACUCCGCUCCCUGCUCUGGAGGCGGGGAAGGAGGCAGUGGUGAUGGGGACGGCUGGUUGCUGUUUGGGUUUGAGUUGUGUUUUGGCUACAAAACAAUCUGUUAGGAAAAGUGAAGUAAGCGGGGAGCAGAGAGGAGGCCCCUUCCCCCUCUCCCCACACGUUGAGACACAUCUCAGUUGGUCUCUAAUCUUGUUUAUAGGGGUUCUGUUGGUUGAAUGCCUGGAGACGGGGGCGGGAUGGCCCUCAGAUUGUACCAGCUUAGCUAGCAUUGCUGACCAACUGUUGCAGGCUCUGAAAAUAAAAACAGUCCUGAACCUAU